GGCGCGCAGGCGUCCUAGCGGCGGGUCCCUGCGGCUCGGGAUGGAGGAGUACAGCAAAAUGGAUAUACCAAAUCCCCCAACCUCCAAAUGCAUCACUUACUGGAAAAGAAAAGUGAAAUCUGAAUACAUGCGACUUCGACAACUUAAACGGCUUCAGGCAAAUAUGGGUGCAAAGGCCCUGUAUGUGGCAAAUUUUGCAAAGGUCCAAGAAAAAACCCAGAUCCUUAAUGAAGAAUGGAAGAAACUUCGUGUUCAGCCUGUUCAGUCAAUGAAGCCUUGUACCAUAGAGAGCAUUUUCCCGGGGUUCACCAGCCAACAUAUGCUAAUGAGGUCUCUGAACACCGUUGCAUUGGUUCCCAUCAUGUAUUCCUGGUCCCCCCUCCAGCAGAAUUUUAUGGUAGAAGAUGAGACGGUUUUGUGCAAUAUUCCCUACAUGGGAGAUGAAGUGAAAGAAGAAGAUGAAACUUUCAUUGAGGAGUUGAUCAAUAACUAUGAUGGAAAAGUCCAUGGUGAAGAAGAAAUGAUCCCAGGAUCUGUCCUGAUUAGUGAUGCUGUUUUCCUGGAAUUGGUAGAUGCUCUGAAUCAAUACUCAGAUGGAGAAGAAGGGCACAAUGAUACUUCAGAUGGAAAGCAGGAUGACAGCAAAGAAGAUCUGCCAGUAACAAGAAAGAGAAAGCGACAUACUAUUGAAGGCAACAAAAAGAGUUCCAAGAAACAAUUCCCAAAUGACAUGAUCUUCAGUGCAAUUGCCUCCAUGUUCCCUGAGAAUGGUGUCCCAGAUGACAUGAAGGAGAGGUAUCGAGAGCUAACAGAGAUGUCAGACCCCAAUGCACUUCCCCCUCAGUGCACACCCAACAUCGAUGGCCCCAAUGCCAAGUCUGUGCAGCGGGAGCAAUCUCUGCACUCCUUCCACACACUUUUUUGCCGGCGCUGCUUUAAAUACGACUGCUUCCUUCACCCUUUUCAUGCCACCCCUAAUGUAUAUAAACGCAAGAACAAAGAAAUCAAGAUUGAACCAGAACCAUGUGGCACAGACUGCUUCCUUUUGCUGGAAGGGGCAAAGGAGUAUGCCAAACUCCAUAAUCCCCGCUCCAAGUGCUCUGGGCGUCGCCGGCGAAGGCACCAUGUGGUCAGUGCUUCCUGCUCCAAUACUUCAGCCUCUGCUGUGGCUGAGACUAAAGAAGGGGACAGUGACAGAGACACCGGCAAUGACUGGGCCUCCAGUUCUUCAGAGGCUAAUUCUCGCUGUCAGACCCCCACAAAACAGAAAGCCAGUCCAGCCCCACCUCAGCUGUGUGUUGUGGAAGCCCCCUCGGAAUCUGUUGAGUGGACUGGGGCUGAAGAAUCGCUUUUUCGAGUCUUCCAUGGCACCUAUUUCAACAACUUCUGUUCAAUAGCCAGGCUUCUGGGGACAAAGACAUGCAAGCAGGUCUUUCAGUUUGCAGUCAAAGAAUCACUUAUCCUGAAGCUGCCAACAGAUGAGCUCAUGAACCCAUCACAGAAGAAGAAAAGAAAGCACAGAUUGUGGGCUGCACACUGCAGGAAAAUUCAACUGAAGAAAGAUAACUCUUCUACACAAGUGUAUAACUACCAACCCUGCGACCACCCAGACCGUCCCUGUGACAGCACCUGCCCCUGCAUCAUGACUCAGAAUUUCUGUGAGAAGUUCUGCCAGUGCAACCCAGACUGUCAGAAUCGUUUCCCUGGCUGUCGCUGUAAGACCCAAUGCAAUACCAAGCAGUGUCCUUGCUAUCUGGCAGUGCGAGAAUGUGACCCUGACCUGUGCCUCACCUGUGGGGCCUCAGAGCACUGGGACUGCAAGGUGGUCUCCUGCAAAAAUUGCAGCAUCCAGCGUGGUCUCAAGAAGCACCUGCUGCUGGCUCCCUCCGAUGUGGCCGGAUGGGGCACCUUCAUUAAGGAGUCUGUGCAGAAGAACGAAUUCAUUUCUGAAUAUUGUGGUGAGCUCAUCUCUCAGGAUGAAGCUGAUCGGCGAGGGAAGGUCUAUGACAAAUACAUGUCCAGCUUCCUCUUCAACCUCAACAAUGACUUUGUAGUAGAUGCUACCCGGAAAGGAAACAAAAUUCGAUUUGCAAACCAUUCAGUGAACCCCAACUGUUAUGCCAAAGUGGUCAUGGUGAAUGGAGAUCAUCGCAUUGGGAUCUUUGCCAAGAGGGCAAUUCAGGCUGGCGAAGAGCUCUUCUUUGACUAUAGGUACAGCCAAGCCGAUGCCCUCAAGUACGUGGGGAUCGAGAGAGAAACAGACGUCCUCUAGCCCUCCUGGCUCUGCGCCAGCAUUGUGGUAGCAGCACUGUCUUUGCUUCAUGCACACACCACUGCUGCUCAAGCUCCUGCACUAUGUGUCUUCCAUACCCCAAAACUCCAUCCCCCACUCCUUCUGUAGUGAGGCCUCAACUGUGGCCCAUGAGGACAGAUCAUCUCAGUGAGAGAAGAGACAGAGGCAGCCAGGGCCAGGUCUACAGGAAAGAGCUCUGAUGUGGGAGGCUACAUCGCAGACCUCAGAGGAAGAGGGCACAGGCAGGGUGGAUGAGAAUGCUUGAUUUCUCCUCCACACCCCAGACUGUGGACCUCAGGAAUCUUGGCAGUUCCUAACAGGCACUGUCAUUUUAGCUUUCCCAGUCAAGGGUUCUUAUAUAAUUGGGGUGCCAGGUAUAUCUGAGUGAAGUCUGGUCCCUGGCGCCUGCAAGUGCUCUGGGUUAGAGGCAAGUCUGCAAGUAGUGCAGACUGAAUGCAAAGGGAGGUGAGUCCCCUGCCUACCUCUUCCAUCUGAUGGGGUCCAGAUUGAAAGAGGGAUGCAAGGUUGGAGGAGGGAAAGCUAAGUGCCGCCCCUCCCAUGAACAAAGCCAGCCAGAUGACCAUAGUUCAGCUGCAAAGCUGGGGCCCAGGAGGCUUUGAGAAGGCAUUCCCUAUACUGUAGAAAGAGUGGGUAUUUUUAGACUCCUGGGAGCAGAUGCCAGCACCCCAGCACCUUCCAAAGUGUGACUCAGUGACUGCAGGCAGGCCUUAUGGUGAUGAAGCUUUGGUGUGUGUCUGCUUCGCUGGACACGUAGUUGUUCUUAGGCCUUUCCUUCCCCAGAGAGGCUAGGUCCAAGGGGCCAAGAAUAGAGGGACCUGGUUUGGACUCCAGAGGGAAAGGUUUUUGGUUUGAUUUAGUCCCUGUCUGAAGUGCCUGCUGUUUGAAAAGGGUAGGUUGGCAGUAUGUGUUUGCAGGUGGAUGCAUGUGUUUAGGGUGGCAUCAUGGUGCUGGGCAGACUGGCACAAGGUGCUUGCAGUGUGGAGAAGCAGUAGGCAAACCACCCGAUCCAGUUCAAGCUGCCAUUCUGUCUGGGAUUCCUGCAGAACAAAGCACUUUAACUUUCUUUUAGAAGGUCUGUAGAUUAGGGUAGAGGUUGAAUCAAGGUCUCUGGAGGACCCACCCAAAUCUCACUUCUGAAGGAGGAAGUGGGGGUGGUGGUGGAUAUUUUUCUUCUGGUUCUAACUCCUCUCCUGGGGGAGGCAGGAGGAGCUGGCUUGACACAGAAGAAUUUACAAGACUGGAGCCAGCAAGAACAGCCUGAGUCUGUGGCAGGUGUGCUGAGCUGGCAGGGAACAGGAGCAUUGUGCUGGGUAGAAAGGGCUCGGACAGGUGCCAGCUGGCCUAGGGAGUGAUGGAAUGGGGAGUAGGCUUCUCCAUUCUUUCUGGGAAACCAGAAACUCUCCUUCCCCAGUCUAUGCUGGCACUCCCUUCUUCCCACCUCAGUGGUUGUCCUAUCAAAAGAAGUGGGCCCCUAUGGCAUGGCAUGCACAUGGAUGCACACACACACACACACACACACACACACACACACACACCAGUGGGCACAUGUGCGUCCCACCAUCAGCACAUGCACAGCCAGCUCCUGAUGGCAGCCUCUCCCCCCACCAUGAUUCUGAAAUCUGUAUCUGCUGUGCUUUGUAUUCGUUGAGUGGGUCAGGGAUACCCUCAUGCUAGACUCUGGACUCAAACUUACUCAUUAAUUCUCGGGGAAAAUCAGAGACAGGUGGAGGAGGCGUUUAGGUGUGUCUGAAAUGCCAGGGGCUGGUCAUGAGGAAUAGGUUUUUUAAAAAAUUCCAGCUUUCAAGAGGUUAGACUGAACCUACCCUUCCUUCAGCAAGUAUAAUCACUGGUCAAUCCUCUCCUUCCCAGUUCCAGACCACUAAUACUCCUGUUCCUCCAGCAUUCUCAUCCUUUGUCCCAGUGUACCCUACCUUUAAUGACGGGUCUCAACCCCUCCCCCAUGUGUGAUGAUGAUGGAUGGAGUGAGGUGAUGGGGACUGGGAGGAGGGGGUGGCUGGUGUAUGUGUGGCUUUAUCACCAGUGAAUUUCAAGCACUUUAAAGUCCUGUGGCUUGUGACCUCUUAUCUAAUAAAGUAUUAGAGUCCAUUUGGGCAAGUUGUGUACUAUGUGCUUUGGGGCUGGAAGGACAGAGAUGGAAGUACAGGAGCCAGUU